CAAUUAGGUUAAUGAAAAAUGUGAAUCAUUUUAAAAAUUGUCUUAAAAUUAGAAUAAUGAUAAUUAUCAUAAUUAUAAUAGCUAAGUUAUUAAAAAUAAUUAAAUUGUAGUUAAUUAGCAUUAAGUUUUGAUAAGAAGUGAUCAAGUUGGUCAAUGCAAUUACUAUUGAGCCUAAUACUACGAGAAGAGUCCAUUUAAUUGAAGAAUAUUUUAAGACAAAUUCGGGAUGAAGUGUGCAACACUUUCGCUUGCUUCCUCCCUCAGCUCCUGAAUGUAGCUCUCAACCUGAGAUUGGGUGCUGGUGUAGCUUCCAUGAUUCUGGACACUUGUUUUGGCGUCAGUGAGUCCAUCUUUUAUUUCCUUGAGACCAAGUACAGGACUGCAGAGUUCCUUGACUGUCCCUGCACUCUCUUCAGUGCUAGUGCAGUUGGUUCCAUUAGUUGUGGAGGUGGAGAACUGGAAGAAAAAAAGAAGAAAAAGAAUUUUAAUUUUUGUAUCAUUUUGAUUUGAUGUUAUAAUGAAAAAAAGCUUCAUAUAUUAUUACUUAAUUUUUGUUUUGUGUGCAUGAUUCUUUUGCUUACCCAAUUGCAAAUGUCUUUGAGAUUUUGUGCUGCUGUCUGGAUCGUGACUUCAGGUAGGUCUAUACUGCUGCUUUCUCCAGUGAUCUCAGCUGCUUCAAGCCCAAGCUUGCAGAAUGUCACAUAGUCACUCUCACUUAUGAUUUUCUCAAGGACACUCAGACUUAGCGAAAUAUUUCCUAAGAGAUCUGAAGGGUCUGUGGUGCCAGUGUUGCUGGUUGGAGCUCCAGAGGAAAGAGAGAAGAAUAGAAGAGAGAGAGUGAUGGCUGCUUCAACUCCACAGUGCUUCAUUGUGAUGAUGGUAGUUCUUGAAAUGAUUUUAAAGAUUUAAACUUUUAAAAAAUUUUUUACUAAGUUCUUUGAACCUUUACUUUCAACUGAUGGCCCUUCUCUCUUUUUCUGUCCCUUUUAUACGUUUUCGUUUAGAAGCAAAGUGCUAAUGAGAAUGGAAGUGAUGUAAUUUAAUUAUUUUAAGUGUCAGUUUCAAUAUGAUUCCAGUUCCAAUUCAUGCAGUAUAAAAGCAGGACAAGCAAUCAUUCCAGGACAUCAAACCAGUCAAAAGGAAUUCAAUCAAACAUAUUUCUAAAGCUUUCUUUAUCAUCUUUAAACAAUCCUGUCAACAAGAAUGGAGUCUUCCAAAGUCUUUACGAUCACUUUCUUCUUUUAUGCAGCAAUUUCUGCUGCUGCAUCUCUUAACACUUUCUGUCAAAAGGCCAAUAUUGAGUCCUGCUCUCCUUCAUACAAUGAGAGCAGCUGCUGUCUUUGUCGUGGUGACACUCACUUCAUGCUUGAUACUGGCCUUAAAACUGGCCACCGUAUUUUGGACAAUGAGGUGACUGGCUCACUCUGCAAUACUGGAAGUUUUUUACAAAAAAGAAAAUGCAAGCUCGAGCUUAUUCCAGUCAUGAGCAAGAUUGCUAGUUUCUCUGUAUCACUUAAGCGACUCUUCCAAAAGAAAGGAGAGGCAGAGAAUGAGCUCUUCCUGACUGCUGCUGCGAAGAUUGUUGCACGCUCCGUUGAAGAAAAAAUAUGCAACUGGAUCUCUACUCUCUUCCCUGACAAAUCUUGCUCUCAGUUGCUGGCCCAGCUUCACCUUCUCUCACUGAUGGAGGAUUCCAGGGAAGCAUCAUACACAGAGAAUCCUUCUUGCUCUCACAACAAAGCAUGGAGAGCUGUGUGGGCCGAGUCUGCUUACUGUCGUGAAGUAGUACAGCAGUUAAAGCGGCAGUCUGAGUUGGACUCCGAAUCCUUCAAACCUUGCAGCUCUUAAAAUCUUCUUGCAAUGAGGAGUUACUCUUACAAUCUAUUUAUCUAGCUCAACUGGAUCACUUCUCCUUCUUUCCUUACACUCUUGACUCUUUUAAUCAUAGUAGUCCAUUGUUUUGUUUCUUAUUAUCAUUUUAAUUAAUC